UGAAAAACUAAAACAAAUUAUAAAUACAACACCAUUUCAUUUCGCAAAAAGGCUCAAAACCCUUCUACUCUCCUAUUGUACUCCAACUCAUCUCUCCUCUUUCUUUCUUUCAUCUUUAAUAAUGGAAGACGACGACGAGUUCGGAGAUCUCUACACCGACGUCCUCCAGAAGUUCUCCGUUCCGCAGACCCGCGGUAAUUCCCCUGUGCCCGCGCCUUCCUCCUCUCUCCCCGCUCCGAUCGACCUUAACCUCAAAUCUGAUCUUAACCCAUAUUCAUCUUACCCUAAUUCCGCUCCUAACGAUUCAUCCGUGGCCAGGGCGCAGCUCAAGGAAGUUCACGCGCCGGCACGCGCUGGGGAUGUGAACGUUGCUGGUGGAGGUGAUGAGUUGGCGGAGAACGAUGUGAAAUUCGAUAUCGAGGAGGGGACUAACGGGGUUGGGGUUUUGAAUGAUGACGUGGAGGUGAUCCCCGGGCUUGGGAGCGAGGUGGGUGUGAGAGCGGAGAAGAACGAGAGUGGGAAGAGAAACGGUGACGUGGCGGCAGGAGAGGAAGAAGAUUGGGAUAGUGACAGUGAAGACGAUUUGCAGAUAGUUUUGAAUGAUGAGAAUCACCGGCCGAUGCUGAUCGAUGAAGGUGCUGGUGAUGAUGAUGACGAUGAGGACGAGGAUGGAGACCCACUGGUGAUAGUUGCUGACAUGGACACGAAUAAUCAGGGUUUGUUGAUGGAGGAGCAGGAUUGGGGAGGAGGGGGAGCAGGAGGAGAUGAAGCGGCUGUGGGGGUGGGCGUUGCGGAGGGAGGAGUGGAGAAGAAGGAGGCUGGGGAUAGAGUGAACGGUGGUGCGGCAGGGACUGUGGCGGCAGCUACGGUGAAGAUUGGGUAUAGCAAUCAUUAUGGGUAUCAUAAUCCAUAUCAUUCUCAGUUUAAGUAUGUUAGACCAGGUGCUGCCCCAAUACCUGGAUCAACUGCUGUUGGUCCUGUUGGAGCCCCAGGUCAAGUUCGUCCUCUUGUCAACAUGGGUCCAACUCCUGGUCGUGGUAGAGGGGACUGGCGACCAACUGGAUUGAAAAAUGCUAUUCCCAUGCAGAGAGGUUUUCCUGGAAUGCCUGGUCCUGGUAACAAUAUGGCAGGACGUGGUUUCGGAGUUGGACUGGAAUUCACACUUCCUUCUCACAAGACUAUAUUUGAUGUUGACAUUGAUGGUUUUGAAGAGAAACCAUGGAAAUACCCUGGUGUUGAUGUAUCAGACUUCUUCAAUUUUGGUUUGACCGAGGAGAGCUGGAAGGAUUAUUGCAAACAGCUGGAACAACACCGCCUAGAGACUACCAUGCAGAGCAAAAUUCGUGUUUAUGAAAGUGGAAGAACAGAUCAGGAGUAUGAUCCAGAUUUGCCCCCAGAAUUAGCAGCAGCAACGGGUGUGUUAGAUGUUGCAGCUGACAGUGCAAAUGUUGGAAAAUCAGAUGUUGGACAAAGUGAUUUAGCAAAAGGACAUUCUCGUGUGCGACCUCCACUACCAACUGGGAGAGCAAUACAGGUGGAAGGUGGUUAUGGUGAACGCCUCCCCUCUAUUGACACUCGUCCUCCUCGAAUCCGUGAUUCAGAUGCAAUCAUUGAGAUUAUUUGCCAGGACUCUCUGGAUGAUGAGUCAUCUGUAGGUAAUGGCGACCGAGACAAUGAUCUUCCAAGAGAGGAUCUUAGAGGAGGAAGCCAUACAGCUGAAGAUGAGAUUGGACCAGUAGACAAUGAAUUCUUUGAUGGUCCUCCAGAGGCUUUUGAUAAUAGAAAGAGGGAGCCAGUUGGACAUAGGGCACCUUUUAUGAAUUCUGUUCAAGAUAAUAUGCCUGAAGGAGAUGGGACAGUGCCCUUCCCUCCUGAAGUAUCACAUCAUUUUCAUCCUGGUUCCAGGGGCCAGACUUCAAAGUACCCUGGUGAAAACGUUGGGACUUCUCAUGAAGACAGGCGGAUACAGGGAAGUGACAGAUCUCAUCUGAGUCCCAGUCGAAGCCCACAGAGUAAGAAUUUCCAUGAUAAUCAAGAUGAAGACUCAUUUGCAAGCUUGCAGGGUAAACAUAGUCCAUCAUCUUCUCCUGUUUCGGCUAGUGGUGCUGUGGAAUUGAGUGUUGAGAAUAAAGAUCAUGUGCAUGAUGAGCUUCGGCCAGGUGAUGGAAGCUCUGUGAUGGAUAAAGAGGACACAAAUACGAUAACCAAAAGUGAUACCCGUAAAGAUGGGAAUUCACUUCGUACAAUGAAGAAACAAAAAGUAGGCUCCCAAGUCGGGAAACCAGAUCUAGAAUUUGAUGAGGAGGAUUCGAGGGCUGCAAGAAGUAGUGAAAACAGUAAAGCAAGAUCUGGCAGCAGCCGAGAUUAUAAGAAGGGUCGUGAUGGUGUUGAGGAGGAAGUUAUGCAAGAUAGUCGUUCUACACGCAUGGGUAGUGUGAAAAAGCACCUUGAGGAAAAUGAACAGAGUUUCCGAAGAAAAGAUCGUGAGGGGAGAAAAGACUUUGAAAGAAAUCACAUGGCUGCAAAGGGGAGGGAGGGUUCUUAUCCUAAUAGAGACUUGGAUCCCAGCAUGGUUCAUCAUGUGCAUAUGAAAACUGAGGGUUUUGAUCGGCGAAAGGAGCGGGAAAAUCCUGAUGCAGUUUGGCAAAGGAGAGAUGAUGAUCCUUGCAGCAGAAAAAAUAGAACUGAAGACUCAAGGAAGAGGGAGCGUGAACAUGGUGAUGACAUGGGACCAAGGCAUAGGGGUAAGGCUUGGGAAAGUGAGAGAAGCAAUAGAGAUGAUCUGUAUUCAAGAAAACAAUUAGAUAAUGAAAGCUAUAGGGUUCAUCACGACAAGGAUCCUAGUUCACGACACAGGGAAAGAGAUGAUAAUUUGAAGGGUAGGAAUGAAAUGUUGGAAGAUUAUAGUAGCAAGAGAAGAAAAGAUGAUGACUAUUUAAGGAGGGACUAUACUGACAGAGAUGAAAUCUUGCAUGGUCCACGAGAUUCCACUAGUCGUCGAAAGCGAGAAAGAGAUGAUGUUUUGGAGAUGCGGAAGAGAGAUGACCAACAACGAAUUAGAGAAAAUUUCGAUGACCACCAUCCUGUUAGACUCAAAGAUGAGGUGUGGUUGCAGAGAGAAAGGGGGGAGAGGCAGAGGGAGAAAGAAAGGGAGGAAUGGCAUAGGGUAAAACCUCAUGAAGAAGUUCUACCAAAGAGCAAAAGAGAAGAUGGACGAGGUACUGUAAGGACUGGGCGUAGUUCAGAAGACAAAGCACGGGCUGGUCAUGUUAGAAUGAAGGAUGACUAUAAGGGCUCUGAUAAAGAGUACCAACUCAAAGACUCCACCCGUCAGAGUGAACUGAAGAGAAAGGAGCGAAUAGGGGAUGAAAGUUUUUCAAACCAUCGAGGACGUGACGAUAAUUAUGUGCGAGGAAAUCAAUUUAACAAUGAGGAGAAAAAAUCAAGGCAGGAAAGAUCAGCUUCUCGUAGUGAUCGUGCUGUUAAUGCUUCUGAUAACUCAAGGGUGACUGAGAAAAAACAUAAAGAAAACACUAGGAAAAGUAAGGAAUCUGAUGGCGGGGAUCACAACAGUUCUGUUGCUUCCAGGAGAAAUCAAGAAAAUCAAAGUGGUCAUAGUAGUGAGAUGGGUUUGAAGGGCGGCUUUAAGCAAGGAAAUGCUGAGAAUGAGAAAACAGGUCAUCGUAACUCUUCCAGAAAACAGAAGGAAGAUGCUUCCUCGGACGAUGAACAGCAAGAUUCAAGGAGAGGGCGCUCAAAAUUGGAACGAUGGACCAGCCAUAAGGAGAGGGAUUUCAGUAUCAACAACAAGUCGGCAACUUCUUUGAAGUUUAAUGACAUAGAUGGGAAUAAAAAUGGUGUAUCUUUAGAAGCCAGCAAACGCAUGGAGGAUUCUGCUACAGUGAUUGAGCCUGUCAAUCAGCAACAUUCCUUGGCUGAUAAAAAAGAUGUUGCUGAUCCAGAGACCAAGGGUGUCAACUCAAAACCAUUGGAUGAUCGGCACCUUGAUACAGUUGAGAAGCUGAAGAAGCGAAGUGAGCGAUUCAAACUCCCAAUGCCAAGUGAGAAGGAUGCUGUGGCAAUAAAGAAGAUGGAGAGUGAGCCACUACCAUCUGCGAAAACUGAGACUCAGACUCCUGCUGAUUUAGAAAUUAAAGCAGAGCGCCCAGCUCGAAAACGAAGGUGGAUCAGUAACUAAAUGUGAAAGCAAGUAAUGUAUGUUAACUGGCUUUGUUGCUUUCCUGAUUUCAUGUUAUUUAACCCUGAAGGUCCAAUCAGACCUUAAUAUCAUAAAAUGGGUUCUGUAGGGUAUUUGGGACCCAUUUCCAUGUACCUCAGCCAUAGAUUUAUAUUCUUGUAAGGAUGCCGGUCACCCUAUACAUUUUUAUAUUAUGUGUAUAUACACUAGUGAAUGUAACACUGAGCUGGUCACUAAAGGUGUCACAUUUUGGAGUCUAUAUGAAUUGUAUUGCUCAGAUUCAGUCUGGGUUUUUGGAGGCUCAGUCAUGAACUGUGUCCGAACCUGCAAAAUUCUGCUAACAGUACAGAGCCGAGGUACUAGCAUGAAUUCGAAGGCGCCCGGCGACUUAAAAUUGUGAGAUUUGAAGAAGAGGAAACUUUGUCAGGUAAUGCAUAGAGAUGAAGCAUCAUCAAAAUAGAUUUAGAUGAUGAAUGAUUCUGCCACUAUCUGUAUUCUUUAGCUUGACUAGAAAUUACCAUGUUACCACAUGUUCUUUUUUGAGAAGGCAAAAACACAAGAAUGGUAAUGUUAGUAUUUGUUUUUGUAUUCAUGAUAUCAAGUUAAUUUGAGUUAUAGUGACAAGAUGAAAGGAAUAGAACAAAGUACCACCGUUGACCUCUCGAACUUUUGACAAUUUUACUUUUGAGAUACUGUUUUCAUUAUUGCAAUGUGAAUGGGGCAUUUUGGCUUGGUA